AUGCUUAUAGGAAGAAAGCUGCGUAGUAUCGAUCCCAUGAUUAUUUGUUCUGUAGCUUAUGAUGCACUAUCAUCCCGAUUUGCAAGAAAUGAUUUGGUCGUUAGAAAUGCUAUAGAAUAUGAUUAUCCAUUCAGAUCAUUAGGUCAGGAUAUUGUCUUGCUAGGUUGUUGCCAUGGUCUGGUUUGUAUGCAGGUUUCAUAUAUGGUUUUCAAGGAUUUUCUUUGUGUUUGGAAUCCAUGUACCAAAGAGUAUAAGGUUAUACCGGAUGAAAAAAUAGAAGAUGAGACAGCUUAUGCUUUUGGUUAUGAUUCUACCAUUGAUGACUACAAAUUAUUUAAGGUUAUACAGAUACCUGCUGGUAGUAUUUUUUGUUUAGUUGAUGUGUAUACGCUAGGAUCGAAUUCUUGGAGAAGUAUUGAAGACAUAACUUAUUGCUUUCAUAAUGAGAAAAAAGUUGGGGUGCUUGCCAAUGGGAAUCUUCAUUGGUUAGGUUGGUCAUGCAAGAUAACUGAUACCCAAAUUGUGGAGAGAUCUAAAGUCAUAAGCUCUUUGGAUGUCAGCAACGAAAGAUUCCACGAAAUGCAAUUAGCGAAAGAACCUUUGGAGAAUGAACACAACUUUAGGAGUCUGGGAGUGUUGGAAGGGCGUCUCUGUGUACUUUUUCACGACGAUUCUAAGCUUGAUCUGUGGGUAAUGCAGGAUUAUGGAGUGCAGGAAUCUUGGACAAAACAAUUUUCCAUUAUGAAGGAGCAGAUUAGGGACCGUCGCUUAAUAAGUCUGAUGUGGUCUUUCAAGAAUAAUGAGGACCAUAAGUAUCUAAUAUGUGCUGAGCAUGAUUUAUUUUUAUAUGAGCCGAAGCAGGCGAGAGUUAGAAGACCAGAGAUUAACGGUUUAAGAAGCUUGCAUCAUGUUGAGAAUCAUUUUGAAAGCCUAGUAUCACUCGGCUCUGGCACUUAUGUGGGGAGAUAG